AUGGCGCCUCCUCCUCCUCACGAGCCGGACAACUGCGGGUCGGAGGCAGCGCCGGCGGUGGACGUGACGGCGGCGAGGGACCUUAUUAUCUCCUCUGCCGGCGGCCACCGCUACCUGGACGUGAGGACGGAGGAGGAGCUCGCCAAGCUGGGCCAUCUCGUGGAGCCCCAAAGCUCCCUCAACGUCCCCUACAUGUUCAUCACUCCGGAAGGAAGCCGGGUGAAGAACGUCCAAUUUGUGGAGCAGGUGGCGUCGCUUUUGACCAGCAAAGAGGAACCCGUCCUAGUGGGGUGCCAAAGCGGCAAGAGAUCAGAGCUAGCAUGCAUUGAUCUCCAAGCAGCAGGAUUCAAGAAGGUCAAGAACAUGGGAGGUGGCUACCUUGCCUGGGUGCACCAUGGCUUCCCCGUCCACCACGGCACCACCCACUCCCCGUCCCCGGCGACAUGGAACAUGAUGCAUCUCCACGUCCACCAACACCGCCACCAGCACCAAGCAGCCAAGCCUAGCCUCAAUGGCGGCCACGCACAGCAGCAGACAGAUCCCUAA